AUGAAAGAUGUCCUCAAUGUAAUUGCUGUUGAGAGAACCUCCUUUAGUGAUUGGAAACUCAGAGAGCUUCCUGAUCAAAGAUUCAAAAAACUCAAUCCAAUGGUUGCAAAGCAACAAGAGGAAGAAUGGGAAUCCUUGGAAAAGAAGAUAAAUGAUCUUCUUUUUGGAGGAAUAAAUGGACCUGCUACGAAGACUUUUUCAAAGUGUAAUGUCAUAAACAAUCUGGCCACGUCAAUGAGUUCCAGUAAAGUAGCUCUGAAAACUCCAAAUGGGGCAUCCUCAAGGACGUCAAUGCCAGAAGAGACUCGAGAAGCUUUAAUGAAGACCCUUCAGAAACUUUUCAAAAACAUCAAGGAAGGUUUCAUUGAACUUCUUAUUGCUGAAGGACCAAAUGCAAAGCUCAAAAAGGCUCCCAUAGCCAAGGCUGCUAAGAUGGAACUUAAAAGGGAUAUUCCUCAGAUUGAAUAUCAGAACGUCAGAGUCAAGCUUGCGAAUUAA